UCCUCGCCCCAGCUCUCCUUUCCAUGCGUCGACGCCGCAAUCCCCGUCGUCCCGGCUCUCCUCGCCUCCAGAUCUUGCCCGCGGCCGUAAUCGCCGCCGCCCCGCUCUCCUCACCCCCAGAUCGCGCGCCUCCACUAUCGCUGUAUACCACGCUGCUGCAGCAGCAGGCGAGCAAGAGCCUCGCGUCCGUUUCUGACCUUGGUGAAGCAUGCCCCCGCCCGUCCUCGCCCCACACUCCUCUCUCCCUGCAAUCCCUGCUCUCUCUCGCCCCGGAUCGCCGCAAUCCCUCUGAUCCGCGUUCGCAAUCCCUGCUCUCCUCCGCCCGGAUCGCGCGCCCCCGCCUUCAUACGCACCCGCACAACCCCCUGCAAGCCCUGUGCGGUCCCCUUCAAGCCCCGCGUGUCCCACCUGCACGCGCACCGGCGCCGCCCCCGCCUGGACGCGACCCGCGCCCUCGCCUGACCCCUACUCGUGCCGUCGCUCGACCCCUGACGUGCGUGCAGGCGGGGGCUAUGUGGAUCACCUUCCAAACUCGGAGCAGGCGCGACACACGGCGACCUUCCAUGGUUGGUCGCCCCCUUCCAUGGAAGGCGAGAUCAGCGACCAUGGUAUACGCGUCCCAUUCCAUACUUAGCGGCCAUGGCAUGCACCGCGCCCCAUUCCUUCCGUGCCCCUGCCCCCGUCCUCUCCGGUGCGACCACCCCUGUCCCACAGCCCUCGGCAUCCAUGCCCACCUUCCAUCUGCGUCCACAAACGAGCCCGUGACCCUGCCUCUGUUCUCAUCGCAUCCUUGGCGCCCCAGCGUGUUCCCCAUCCCGCAGCCGUAGCCCCCGCCCCCACCGUGCGCGAAUGCCGGGCUAAAGGCGGGGGAGGUGAUGGUGGAGCACCUGGUCCACGUGGUCUGCCGGUGCUGGGCAGCGGAGACCGGCUCGAGGCCGGGCGUACUUACCUCAUCGUACCCGUCGACCGCCUCCCCUGCGGCGAGAUGGGCGGGGUCAUCACCGCGACGUCUCGUGCAGUAGGGACGACAGCGGGGAGAUGUCAAGAGGGGUUACCUCAAGACGGACGAGGAGUUCCCCAAGAGGGACGAGAGCAGGGGCACGUGCUGCGUCGUAGCCCUUCUCCGAAAGGGUGGACUGAUCGUCUCCAACGCUGGAGACUGUCAUGCGGUGCUCAGCCGAGCAGGGAAGGCAGAGGUGCUCACCUCUGACCAUCGGACCUCCCAGGAGGAUGAGAAGCAUAGAAUUGAGAAUUUGGUAUGCCCAGGAUGUCGUAUCCCUCCUCCUUUCUUUUGCAAACUCUGCUAAUGCAAUUGAACAAUGCACCGUAGCUGGAUCGGCUAGAUGAUUGAGCAAUUAAUUAACAAUCGAGAAUACAUGAACUAUACAUUGUUGUGCAAUCUCGCUUAUGUGCAAUCUCGCUUAGUACAUGCCAUCAAGAGAGAUAGGAAAGUUUUUUAUAAAGGUCUGUCUUUAUCUGAGAUUCUUAGUUUCUCAAACUCUAUUGUAUAUCUAUUUCUAAUUAUGUGUGCUCUUCCUUAUCCCUGGUCUCCUUGAUGCAAAAGGGGAUAUUGAUUUUGUGGGUGGUUUCUUUCAUUAGA